AUUUUUAUAAGAAUUAGUUAUAACAAAAAGCUUUGACAAUGCAUUCAAGGGGAUUUUUAACACAAAUGAAAACAUUUCUUGCUAUUUCUAAAAAAAACGCAAGGAUACGAAAAUUAUCUUAUAAUAAUAAUAAUAUACCUUUUAUACACUUUUACGAGAAAGUCACAGGCUCAAGAUUGGAGGAAAGUGUUCUUCCUGAAUUACAGAAGAAACAUCCAAAUAUACUGAAACUCUCCAAAGAAGAUAUACAAUACAUACUUCAGAUACUACAGAAAUUUGAUAUAUCAGCUGAGCAGGCAUGCUCUGAUCCACAUUUAUUCAGUAUGAAUCCAAUAUCAAUGGAGAACUAUGGAGUUAUAUUAAAAGAGUGUCAAUUCACCAGCAUCAUACCAAAGUAUAUCAUCAGAUACCACACUAUAGUGAAGUCAAAGACUAUUUGCCAGCUAAAAAGAGAUGGCAUUUUAAAACAAAACUUUAAUUUACAAGAAGUAUUGUACGAGUUCUUCAGAGCUUUGCCUCAGAAUCAGAAAGUAAAUAAUAAUUUUGAAGAUGACAAAACUAAUGUUGUUACAGUAAGAAUGAGUGUAUUAGAAAGAUUUUUAAGUUGGAAAUUAGGUAUAAGUAAUGAUGAAUUUAAAAAGUAUCUUAGGAACUACCUCCCAAUGAGGCAUAGACCAUAUGAAGAUAUUUUGGAAUCUUUACGCAUUGCCGAAAAUGACAUAAAAUUCAAUGCCGAUGUUAUUAGAAGAAAUGGUUUUAUAAUAUCAGCAGAUCCAGUUAACACUAAACUCAUAUUGGAGAAUGUUGGUACCCUAGCAGGCUUGGAUGUCAGAGAAGCCAUGAAAUUAGAACCAGCCAUUAUAAAAAAUAAUUAUCAAUCUCUUAUGCAAAUUAAAGAAAUUUUAAAGGAAUACAACAUCAAUGACGAGGCGCAGUAUCGUUGCCUGCGUGUAUUCUGUAUGCAGCCCAGGUCUGUUAGAGAAAGACUUGAACACUUAUCGAGCCUCAAGGAAUAUUCAAUAUUAUCAACAAAUUCUAGGAUGCUGUACAUGGUGGUACAUGAAAAGAAAAUGAUAAACAGGUUAAAUAAAAUACAGGAAGCUCAAAAACAAUGCUAUAGUUUCAAUCUACUUGUGUCUUCGAAUAAAAUCUUCAACUCCUUCCUAAACGGUUUCGGCGCCAAGGUGUGCGGGAACGACGUGGGCGCUUACAUCAGCGCGUCGCUCAACAGCCGGCGUCUGACGAUGCAGGCGGUGCUGGCCAAACUCAAGCGGCACAAGUACUGGCUGCACACCGCGCUCGACGUCAUAGCGGAUAAUAUACAGACGCUGAAGAGGGAUUUCAGCGAUGACGUCAUUUUCGAUAACUGUCAGAUAUUGUUGUAUCCGAGGUUAGAGAUCCAAAAGCAUUUGAACUAUUUAAUAAAACUAAGAAAAGGUGAGCCAAUCAGCACUGAAUCGACACUAGACGCAAGCUACAACAACAUGGACUUCAGUAGACUAACGGACAGUCAGAUACUGAGCCUGGUUCUGUAUGAGAUGGAGAAGGGAUAUCAUUUCAGCGGCGAUGGCAUCUGGGACAAAAGUGACGGCAGAAGUGAGCAAAGUAAAGUUGUGAAUAGUUCAUGAUAUACUCAUUUAGAUAAAAAGAUGAAACCGACUUCAAAAUUGUACGUAAUUAAGAAUUAAAAUUCCCUCUCU